AUGGAGGCCCCAACGUCCAAGCAUACCCGCAAUAUCUCGAGAUCGUCACGGCCUCGUAGCACGACGAAAGGCCCUCUAGACCAGCCAGAUGACCCCUUCAGCGCUGAGAUCUUGAAUACGUCCACGUCACCUACAUGGGGUACAGCAGAGCGUGGCUUCUCGGGUGCCUCCUUUAGCAAACUGGACCCUUUGGCGCCCGACGAGCUCCCCCCAACGGUGGAGAAGGAUCUAUCGUAUCUGCUCCGCUACGAUGUCUAUCACUCGCUCUCGCAGAUAGAGAUACCUCCUGCUCUGCGUUCUGAGUUUAUUGCCCCGACGUCGGAUGAGUCCCUGUCUUCUAGCCUAACCACUCUCGAGAGACUCCUAGCCGAAGGUCACUUCCUGCUUGCAGCUUACUUAUGUGGCACCAUCCUGACAUCGUCUUUGAUUUCGCCCACUGACAUUAAGCGGAUCUUUUCUCUUUUCUACACCCGACUAGCAUGUCUGCAGCUGUCGGGAAACACGAUUCUCGCUGCGCAAGAAUCAAAGGCACUUGAGGACCUGAGUUCCGCAUUUUACUAUGUGGAGCCAAUCCCCGACAAGUUGGAGAAGCAACCAGAGUACCCACGUCACAUUGUGCCAUGGCCCUUGCGAGUCCAAGCCGUCAGGCUGCAGAGUAUUGGGUUUGGUGACUCGCGCAGGGGCAUUGGCGGUCUGUAUGAGAUUGGCUUAGAAGCGCGAAGGGAGAUCUUACGGCCAGACUUGACUCCGGAGGAGCGGGUAAUAUGGAGGGGCCGGCUGUCGGAUCUUGGAAUGAGGAUCGUGAACGCGCUGAUUGAGAUGGGGGAUGUCAAUGCAGCCAGGCGGUCACUUAACAACCUGCGCACGUCGGAGCCCGAGAACGAGACGGACAAGUUGAGGAAAGCACUCCUUCUUCUCAUUAUCGGCGAUCUUGACGCUGCAAAGGAGGUGUGCGGGGGACCAAGUGAUGCGGGAAAUGCUUUGUUUAGCCCACUCCUUAGCAUGGCGGAGGGGAACUACGACGACGCAGCGCAAGAAUGGCGCGCCUUACUUGACCAAGACACCCCAAGACCCGAUGCAGCCAUGAUAUCGCAGAACCUAGCAGUGUGUUUACUGUACACUGGCCGGCUGAAUGAGGCCCGGGAGGUUCUCGAGUCGUUGGUGCAGGCACACCACUCGUUCUCGAGCCUAGUGUUUAAUCUCUCAACGGUUUACGAGCUGUGCUCUGACAAGUCCGCCAAGUUGAAGACCGAUCUUACAGAAACUGUGGCCAGACAGCCGGUCACUGGAUUCACUAAUCUAGAUCGAUCCAAUGCGGAUUUCAAGCUGUGA